AAUGACCCUGUGUUGACACAUCUGGCGAAGCAAACCAACAGCGCCGAUGCAUGUCCGGCACUGGAAAUUGCGAUUGAAUAAUUCACAAGACAGCUCAAAUAGUUAGCACAUUAAAUGUUUAGAGCUAUUUGAGAAACUUGACCGAAAGUAAGAGCUAAGCAUCGGAAUUAAUCUGCUCCUAGGCAAACUCCGUUCGUAAAACUGAGUGUGACUUCGAGUGUUUAUUUGUCUGUAUAAACUUGUGUGUUCUUACAACAGUUCCUUUUGUCGACAAAUUGGGUGAUCAGUAUUUAAUAUGUUUUAAAAGUGGAUUCCUGCCUAUUGCUAACGCUAUGCUAAUAAAUUGAACCGUCUGGUGGUUCUAAAAUUAGGUGGAGAUGGAAACACGUUACGAUAACAACUUACAAAUUCAUUUAAUUUAGUAGAAGAGUAAAUUUGUUCGUUUCAUAACGGCAGGUUAACGUUUUGAGCUAACGGCACGCGGAUGAGAUAACAAAGAAGCUAACUGUUAGCCACGCACAACAAGCUUUCGUGUGCUACAGCGCAGAUCUACUCAAUUAUCGCGUCCUCCGUUUUGUUCUACACAACAGUUUCACACAAGUGCCAAGUACUUGUACACCAGGACCCGUUUUGGAAAGACAGUGCUGUUGUUUUAUCAGGCGCCAAUGUAGCAAGGACGUUGCGGUUAAAUAACCCGUGUAACCUAACAGUGCGAGGCCUUUUGGCUAGCUGCUACAGUGGGGUAUCGUCUACGUUGCAUACCGGGGUCGUCAGCUCACCGUAAAUGGCCUGCACUUUAGAGAAAGUAUUGGGCGACGCUCUGACCCUCCUCGAGAGGCUUAAAGAGCACGAUGCGGCCGCCGAGGGACUCAUAGAGCAAACCGGGGCCCUCGGUCAGAGAGUACAGAGCAUGAGAGAGGUGGGGAAUGCCCUCCCAGACAAGCAUAUAGAAGACAGCUCUGAGAUUCAUGAGCUAACCAAAUACAAACCUCAUGUCCUCUUGACCCAAGAAAACACUCAAAUCAAGGAGCUACAGCAUGAGAACAAAGAGCUAUGGUUAUCUCUUGAAGAACACCAGUACACACUAGAGCUGAUCAUGGGCCGAUACCGCAAGCAGAUGCUCCAACUGAUGAUGGCGAAAAAAGAGAUGGACACCAAACCUGUGCUUACCCUCCACGAAGACCAUGCAAAAGAAGUGCAGAGCCAGUUGGAGCGGAUAUGCGAGAUGGGCCAGGUGAUGAGAAGAGCGGUGCAGGUAGAUGAUCAACGCUACUGCACUGUUCAAGAGAGGCUUGCUCAACUAGAGACUGAGAAUAAAGAGCUUCGAGACCUCCUGGCCAUCAGCAAGAGCUCCGUGAGGACAGUGAGAGAAGAAACAAACUACCCAGCAACAGCAGCGCAGUCAGGGUCUAAUGAAUGAUCAGAACAGUGUCGGAGUGAACUAUGAUGGGGAUACAAGUCCACCAGGACCAGAGGACAGGGUUGAUGAUCUCUUCAGCUGUGUUGACCACAUCACUCUUUUUUUACGAGGUUGAAUGCAGUCAGGCCACAGCAUAGUUUUGUAGCAAAGAUCACUUAAAAACAGCAUCAUGGCUGUCACGCUGUACUUGUCCAUAUUUCUUGAUGGUAACUGUUUUAUGCUUCAUAUGUACAAUCUAUGUAACACCACUUCUACUGAGCUGGAGUGACUUCAGCAUAAGUCGUUUUAAUGAGGUGUAUGGGAAAUCACUGAGUAAUUCAGUGGGUGCUAAGGUGUAUAUGUGUACUGUUGUAAAGAAAGCGAAGCAAAGGGGAUUAAUUUUGAUUUUGGCCAAAGAUAUUGCUCUUUAAUUACACAGUUGCUACCUCUUUGGUUCAUCUUUGCUGUUCACUUACACUCAAUGUGUCGUAACCACCCCAGAUAAGAGUUCAUCUGAAGUCUAUUAACAAUAUUGUAGGCUACAACACAUCAUGUUCAAUCACUUUGCCAAUGUAAUGAGUGUGUCUGUUUCACCCAAUUUGUCUGCUGUGAAGUGGCGAUAGAUCAAUUUUAUGUUAAUACCACUGAAAAUGUGAUUGUUGUACAAUCCAUGUAUAGCAAUUUCCACAUUUACUAGGUUUUAGAUAUGUUCUGGAUGUAGAGUCAAUUAUUCCAGCCGAAGUUACACCAUCCGUUAAUGUCAAUAUGCCAAGUUUUGUGUGUAAAUGUUUGCAAACUGUUAGCUCUCAGAAAUUAUAUAUUGUCAUCUCAGGAAAGCAGUGUUAACUUCAUGGCAGUGUAUUGAUUUGAGUCAAACAAAUUUUAAUUCAGCACUUGAAAAAUACUUUCUCAAUAAAACUAUUAAAACUCA